AUGCAACAGUCAAAUUAUAUCGCAUAUCCAAAUCAAAUAACUCAACCAUUUCGUCCAAUACCGCCAGCUAACUUUCUACAAGGCUCACCACCCUUUGUUAAUCAGUCAUUUGAUCGUUUUAAUGGAAUGCGUCAAACUAUUCGUCCUUAUCGAUAUGUUUCUCGUCCAUUACAGCCCUAUCAAAAUAAUCCGGGAUAUCCAGGACCAAGGAAACUUCCACCUCGACUUCAAUAUCAACUUAAACUAAUUCCUCCGCGACCACCUAUUGCUAUAGCUUAUGAGACGAAUCACAGACGAGAUGUAAGAAUGCCAAUACCUCAAACGUUCGAUCAAUUGCCGACCGAUCCAAGAAUCGCACGAGAAGAAAAACGACAAAGUCUUGACUUGGAUCUCGACAGCGAUCUUUCAUCCUUAUAUAGUACACAACCAGUUGUGACAGAUAAUGCAAACCGAAAUAUACACAGUAAGAUGGAUUUCGACAUGCGAAAUAGAAAUACACUUCGAGUACGAAGCAAAAAACAAUCAGCGUGGGAAGAUGACGACAAUUCACAAGAUGAAGAUCAUUCUCAUACGUGUAGUAAUCAUAUUCCAACACGUCCUUAUAACUAA